CAGGUGCCCGUGGAGCUGGUGCUGCUGCUCACUGUUCCUGUGGUGGAUCCUGACAAGGAGGACCUGAACUGGAAGAGACCCCUCAACUGCCUGCAUGUCCUCACCAGCCCCCUGCUCUUCGUCCUCACCCUGAAGUCAGGCACCUAUGGGCUGUACCAGAUCCAGGGGGUCUUCCCAGUCUGGGGACUGGUUGCACUGGUUGGCUCUGUCCUGGCCGUCAUCACCUUCAUCGCCACAAGCAACGAGGAACCACCCAAGUACCACUGUGUAUUUGCCUUCCUUGGAUUUUUGGCCAGUGCCAUGUGGAUCAACGCCGCAGCCACGGAGCUGGUGAACAUCCUCCGGACGCUGGGCAUCAUCUUCCAGCUGAGCAACACCGUGCUGGGCUUGACGCUGCUGGCCUGGGGCAACAGCAUCGGCGACACCUUCUCCGACCUCACCAUGGCACGGCAGGGCUAUCCCCGCAUGGCCUUCUCCGCCUGCUUCGGGGGCAUCAUCUUCAACAUCCUGGUGGGCGUGGGACUCGGCUGCUUGCUGCAGAUGACCAGCAGCCAGCUCGUGGUGAAGCUGGAGCCCGACAGCCUCCUCGUGUGGAUCCUCGCUGGGGCUCUGGGGCUCAGCUUGGUCUUCUCCUUUGUGUCGGUGCCAGCGCAGUGCUUCCAGCUGGGCAAGGCAUACGGUGUCUGCCUCAUCCUCUACUACCUGGCCUUCCUCUGCGUGGCUCUGCUCACCGAGUUCAGGGUGAGCAUCUGA